AUGGCCACAACGGCAUCACCACCAUUCACUCUCGAUGCGGGUACCGCCUUUUCCCUCGCCGUGGCUUUCUCUCUGAUGCCCAGCGCCCGAGCCCUUGCCGCCGUAGCACUGCCCAAAUCCAUCAAGCCAACCUACUACUACUUAUUUCUGUGGCACGCCUAUGACUUUCUCACCCACUUCAUUAUCGAAGGUAGCUACCUGUACCACUGCUUCUUCUCCUACAUCGACCUGCCCAUCCCGACCUCCGACUAUCCGCACCCUGCCUCGCGCGGGGGCCCCCCGGUCCCACAGCUGUUCGGCCAUUCUGACCGCCGCUAUGGAGCGAUAUACUCACAGGCACCUAUGGCUCGCCUGUGGCAAGAAUACGCCAAAGCUGACCGUCGCUGGGGAGGAGCCGACUUGACCGUUAUCUCGUUGGAGAUACUCACUGUCGGCCUCGCGGGUCCAGCUGCGAUGGUCGCUAAAUCAGGCAGUCAGAGCACCGCCAAAGCUAAAUAUCAGACCAGGAUGUGGUUUGUGGCAGUCAUGAUUGCUACGGGAGAAUUAUAUGGUGGCUUCAUGACUUUUGCCCCUGAGUGGUUGAGUGGAAAUCCCGCACUGGCUGGGGAGGACCCUGUGUAUCUGUGGUUGUAUUUGGUCUUUUUCAACAUGCUUUGGGUCUUCAUUCCGCUGUGGGUACUCUAUGCCGCCUAUACAGAGAUCUCUGCAGCUUUCACUGCGCAGGGUGUCACGUCCAAAAAGUCGAAUUAG